AGAUUGAAUCCAAUAUGUCUGCGCCCUGUAAAAAUUUUUCUUAUGCAACUUGCAGUGUGCAGCUUGUGUAAACGACGCUGAUAUUGAUUGGCUGGUGUAGAUAUUUUUUGAUCUUCCGUGGUGAUUUUCAGAAGCGAUAUGUAUCGCUACCGGCAAUUUCUGAGAAUUGAUUUGGCAGUAUCUGCCGUUAAACCCUCUGUGAAAUCAAAAUCAGUCUUGACAGCAUCUUUACCAAAAGACAGUGUUGUUGACAAUUUGAAACCCUUACCAAGCUGUGUAUAUAGCAGACGCAGCGUUUCUUCAGAUGGAGGAUUUCAGUCACAAACAAAAUACAAGGUGUUAUAUGAUGGUGAGUGCCCUCUCUGCAUGAAGGAAAUACGUUUUCUCCAGUAUAUGGAUAAGCGAAGACAAAAUCAGCUGGACAUGAUAGAUAUAUCAUCCGCUGAUUACAGACCAGACGACAAUGGCGGGAUCUCAUAUGAGACUGCGAUGCAGGAAAUGCACGUCAUUGGGCCAGAUAACAAGGUGUAUACCAGGGUGCCAGCCUUUCAGCAAAUGUAUGGUGCUGUGGGACUGGGCUGGGUCACCUCCUUUACUAAACUCCCAGGAAUGCCGCGCCUCAUGGACAUCUUCUAUGGAUGGUUUGCCAAGAACAGGCUGCAAUGGACAGGAAGGCAGGACUGCGCCACUGGGCAAUGUAAGGUUGAGAGGAGGGAUAAGAAAUGAAAAAGAAAAAUAAAGAUUUCACAAGGGCCAUACACAGAGGGAGAGUGUGGUGAGAAAAAAGUUCAAUGUCCAGAGGCCUUUUGUGGAUGCCGAACACCAGAAAAUUUCACAAAAACGGUGUGAAAAUGAACUUAUUGCCUUCAAUAAAUGGACAUUUAGUGGGACAAAGAUGGACAUUAAGCCAGUGCUGGACACUCAGGACAAAGAUGCACACAAAGUGAGACUUGGACAUUAACUCCCCACUGGUCAUUAAGUCAAACUGGCCAUUGAGAAUGUAAUGGACAUUAACAGGGGUCAGUUGACACCUGUCCUGGAGCUCUG